AUGGAAGUGUAUAGACGCAUUACGGAACGUGUUCGUGGCGCGUUGUGGGCCCAUCAUGGCCGUCUCAUGUCUGAACGUCAAUUCCACCGCAUUCUCGCAUAUGUGUAUAAUAACAAGUAUGAACAUCAAAUACGAUUUGACCGUAUGCAAGUGGUGGGCCGUGCAUGGGAAGGACGUGUGGAGGUGGUCACCACACCGGCGGGAUUUAUGAAAAGAGUACGUAUGAAUCCUUGUGUGGAGGAACUCUCUUCUUAUCGGCAACGACAACUUAUUUUGGCAGCCUACGCAGAUGCCUGCGCACAAGGGAGACAAUUAAUGGAACAGGCAGAAACAAAUAUUUACAAACAAUUUUUAAAAGAUCUUAAACCUAUUGUAAUGGGUAUUCGUGAUAAUGCGGAAUUCUACACUGUACCGGAAGACUCCAUUGAAACUAUUGGAGGAACAUUACACACCGGACAAAAUGGUGUUGGUGUUGGUAGUAAUAUGAAUACCACAACAGGCGUGUUAACACACCGAACGAUUCCCGCAGCGAAGGCCUAUCAACCCGGUGAUGAAGUGCGGGCCCGCGAGAGUUGGGAACACAAAUGGCUGAGCAGCCCGCAAGGAAAGUUAUGGUCCCGCACACUGCGCGGGAAAACGUAUUUUGCUAUGCAUGGACCGCAGUUUAAACCGCGUGGAGCCCCAGGGGCGAAGACCACACCGCCGCCUCUGGAUAUUCCAGCACCGUAUACUCGCAUGGAUGAGGCACGACUGCUGCGAAAGAAUUGGAUGGCUUAUUUAGAUAACAAACACGUGGCGGAGGUGAUGUGGACACGGGCUAAGGUGGCGGAAAGAGAAAAACAACAACGCAAACUGCAGGAAACUGGACAAGCUUGGCAUCGACCUAUUAAUGAGGAAGCUGUGACACGGUGGUGA